CCAGACAGCUGCGACCAGCUCGCGGCAUGUGGAGCUGGGCUAUGGGGGGGUGAGUCAGUUUGACCAGCGUCGAUUUCAGCGGAGCUAGCCGACAGUUGGGGACAAGGUUCAGCGCGGUGAAAGCGUUUGGGUCACGGCUCCCCUAGACACGGAGGGAGAGAAUGAGAAUUGAUGAUUUUGUUUCUACUUGUCGGUACAGCGCAGCAGAAGAAGGGAAGCCACUCCAAACGAUUUUGACAUGAAGAAGGACAUAGACACAUUGAUAGCAGAGGAACGCACUGAAAUCAUCUCUAAAUAUGACAAGGGUAGACAGGAGGGUGUCAAAAUUGACCCAUGGGAGGAUGCUGACUACAGCAUCUUUAAGGUCACUGACCGCUUCGGCUUCCUGCAUGAAGAAGAACUGCCAGCACCAAGUGUGCUUGAAGAGAAGCAAAAGCACCAGGAGAUAGAGCGAGUGGAGAAAUGGCUGAAGAUGGUGAAGAACUGGGACAAGUACAGGAACAGUGAUAAGUUGUUGAAGCGUGUAUAUAAAGGAAUCCCCCUGCAGCUGAGAGGCCAGGCAUGGGCCUUGCUCUUGGACAUAGAGAAAGUCAAAAAAGAUAACGACGGAAAAUAUGAGAAAAUGAAGCAGCAGGCGCGUAACUUCUCCACAGAGAUCAAGCAGAUAGACCUUGACGUCAACAGAACGUUCAGGAACCACAUUAUGUUCAUGGACCGCUUUGGAGUCAAGCAGCAAGCACUGUUUCACGUACUAGCAGCUUACUCUGUCUACAACACGGAGGUGAGCUACUGCCAGGGGAUGAGUCAGAUUGCUGCCAUCUUGCUCAUGUACAUGAAUGAGGAAGAUGCCUUCUGGGCUCUGUCCCAGCUCCUCACCAACAGCAAGCAUGCCAUGCACGGGUUCUUCAUCCCGGGAUUUCCCAAGCUGCACCGUUUCCAGGCCCACCAUGAGCUGAUCCUCUCCAAAAUGCUGCCUAAGCUGAAGAAACACCUGGACAAGGAGCAGAUGACAACAGGGAUUUACACCACCAAAUGGUUUCUACAGUGCUUCAUUGACAGAACCCCUUUCACCCUCACCCUGCGUUUAUGGGACAUUUACAUAUUGGAGGGAGAGAAGAUGCUAACUGCCAUGGCGUAUGCGACCCUCAAGUUACACAAGAAGCGUCUACAGAAGCUUCAGUUAGAGGACCUGAGGGAGUUUCUCCAGGAGCAGCUGGCUGCUUCUUUCUUCCUGCCUGAUGAUGUGGUGGUUGAACAGUUACAGGCAGCUAUGUCUGAGCUACGUGGUAAAAAGCUGGACCAAUCUCCUCCAGCCAAGUCAGACGAGCUACCAAAGAAACCUCUGGGUCAAGAGAGACCAGUUCUCCUACUGCCGCUGCAGCCCAACUCUCCUCUGAAGGUCAAAAUAAAUCAGGAGCCCGACAGCCAGCCCAAUACAGAGACCCAGCAAACAGACAGCAGCGCACCACACCAAACCCAUUCCCCUGCAGAGGCCCAGGACUCAAGAAGCCUGUCCAGGGCAGACACACCUUCUUUACCGUCACCACAUCCAGUUGUAGUCCACACACAAAAAACGCCUUCUCCUGUAAGUCCUUGUAGAGCACCUCCCUUACCUCCAAAAGCAGACAAACCCUGUGCUGAGGUCAGAUUGGACAGAGAUGCGAAGGAGCCACUCCCAGAGUGCAGCCAGCGCAAAGACAGGGGAGAACCAGAGAGCCAACCUGGAGACCCAGAGACCCAGGUAGAGCCUGUGGAUUGGCCUCCACCCUAUGAACCCCCUGCUUUGGAUACUAUUACCAUGCAGACUGAGGAAGAGAUCAUGGACCUUCCAGAUCUGCCACCUCCACCUUUCUUUUACCCUGAGCAGAGGGAUCAAAGGCCUCUGGAUUGUGAAUCACCCUGUCUAGGGACUGCUACCGGUCCAGACACCCAGCACUGCUCUCCUUCUCCCCGCUCAGCCUCACCAUUGGUCACUCAAAGGAAGCCGUCUCCAAAACCAUACCCGAAACCACCCACGUCUCUUGACAUCACAAAGAAAAAACCUCCUCCCCCAAAGCCUUCACCUCCCAGUGCCCUCUCCUCCUCCUUCUCUCCCAGACUUCCUCCCUCGAAGCCGACCAAGUUCCCCGUCUCCCUCUACGUCCCGGUGGCCGCAGGAGACAGACGGCCCUCCAACACUUCCCAGUACGACAAUCUGUCUGAGGUUGAUGAGGAUGACCGCUACCUGGAGAGGCUGCUGGGCUCCACUCCUGAGGAAAUUCCCAGAAUGCACAGCAGUCCCCCACAUACAGUUAAUGUAGACUUCCACCCUGCUCUCUACCCUCUGCCUCCACCUCCUGCCCUCAUCCCUCCUUCCCCUUCUCCUAUUCCUCCCUCGCUGUGCGCUCUCCCCAGUUUGCCACAGGAGCCUGAAUAUGAAGGAGAGAACAGCUGGGUGGAGGACUCCAUCAUCCCCCCUCCUCCACCUAGUUUUGCUGACAGACUCACUCCUUUCCAGUGCAGCGCUGCCAGCUGUUCAGACACACACAGAGCCACCUCGCCCAGUUACUCUAAGCCUUUCUCCAGGGGCCCCAGGGACCAUUCUGCCUUCCCAGCACCACUGUUGUACACCGGGUCUCCCCCAGCCCACUCCAGACCCUCGGGGCAGUCGGCAGUAGGGGGGCCCUUGGUCCGAUCCAGCCCAGACUUUUGCAGGAUGCCUCCAGGUGGACAGCAGCUGCCCAAAUCAGUGACCUUUUGAAGUUUCCAAGUAUCAUUCAAGUAUUUCUGAUUAUGCCAGUAUGAUUCAGAAUAUCUGUCAAUGCUUGAUCUGUUUUCAAAGCCAUUUAAGAGGUGAAAGGCCAGUAGCUACUCAGUGUGUCAAAGGUUUCUGUGUGUGUGCGUCUGUGCGUGAAAGGACUUUUUUCAUUGAUAUGUACAGAUUUCUGUGAUACUUGCGCCUUUUUUGUAAGGGCAGUUAACUUUUCUAAGUGUCCAAUUUGUAUUUAAAAACUGCUGUUUGUGUGACUGUUUGCUGCACAAAAAGCGAGUGCAUUAAGUUUCCUACUCAUGUUGGUAUGUGAGAGCAGAUUUGGUUUUCAGUUUUGAUGGACAGUAAUGAGAAAUUAACACAGAAAUAAGGAACCCUAAUAGCAACUGCCUGUUUCACCCUUGCUUCAUCUCCAGUUAGUCUGAUUUAGUUCCAACAAAGUGUCUUAACCUGAUCACAGUGCACUGAGGGGUAGCAAGUCUAAUACAAAGGGCUUUUGAGGCUGCAGCGUAAGGUCGCCUUUGCUAAAGCACCCAAAGCCUAUACAUUUAUAAAGCAUUUAUGGUAAACUGUGAGCAGGCUCACACAUCUUAAAUGUGUUCCAAAAUAUAAUGAAAACUUGUCAAUAUAACGCAGUUCCUUUACUGUAUCUUUCGGUCAAUACUUGAUAACAAAGGUCCACCGAACCAGGUUGCACCAAAGCAGAUUACUAAAGUUGUCACCACCGGCAGCAGGGAAGGCUUGGUGCAAUACAUCACUGGUGUAAAUACUGAUGGUAGUUUCAGGCAGGUAGCAGUGGGUACUCUGUGGGUAUUUUGCUGCUUUUUUUUUUUUUUUAAUUGUUUUGUUGGGAUGCUGUCAAUUUCAAAGAAAUAGUUUCAGUGUUAUGUUUAUCUUGAUUGACCGCAAUAAUGUACUGUUUCAUGUAUAUAUGCAUGGACAUAUCAAGGUUAAAUAAUGUGGAAAUAUAAGACUUAACAUGAGGAUUUCAUGAAUGCAACAUACUGUCAGUGCAGACUGAUUUACAGAUAUCCAUGACAUAUUUAUGAAGAGUAGCACGCUCUAGUGGUUGGAAGAGUUGCAGAUUGACUGUAGCUCUAAAAUGAAGUCCUUACAUUUUAGAGCACAUCCAGUGACCAGAUGUUUUUGGGGAAACCGGUCCCGGCCAGGACAUAAACGCUAGCUACAAUGCCUGUUUGAAUGUGCGCAUAGUGAGCUCGACUUAAGAAAACAAGGACAGACUCCGUAUCACACUGUUCUAGAUUGUCACAGACCAGGGGGGGGGGAGCGAAUUAAUCAAAGCUAAUUUCUUCAUAUUCACAGCCAUAACUUAGAGCCAUUGCGAUGACUUUGUCAGUUUAUUUUAAUUGUGCAGAGCAAAAAUUCUUGAGAAAUGGAAGUUGAGCCAUAAUAUACUGUACAAAGACCUAAUAGUAAAACAUGUUUAUAGUUUCAUUCAGUUAUACUGUAUAUUACAUAACAUACUGUGUCUCACCAAUAGUUUUGUUUUUGGGUUUGUUUGUUUUUUGCACUGACCUGUUAUUACCAAGAGGUUUUGCAAUUCUCUGUACGUACUCAGUUGUUUUCUAAUGGAGUUCCAGGUUACUGCUAAACAAACAUUUUUCAUUUUUGCCAGAGAUGUUAACAGAUGUUUAAUGGAUUGUUCAUGAACUUUGGUCUGUCUGCUGUGAUUCAUACCCGAGAUCUUGGAUCGUGGCCUUCACACACGUUUGGCUCGCUGGAGUAUUUUUAGUCAUGUGACCUGACCGCCAAUUGUACAUCACUGCUCCUUAUAUGGAUCUGGUUGACAUCAGUGAUGCUGGGGCUCAGACCAAAGCUUGUGUACAUUUAUGCAUCUACUUAUUUGAGUUUUAUAAAGAGAUAAACCU